CUGGCUGAGCCUCCACACAGAAGCAAAAUGGCCGCUAGCAAACUAACCGAUCGUACAGCGUCUGACAGUCAUCGAGGGGUUAUGCGUGUUUUGUUUACACCUUGAGAACAAUAGUCGCCUCGAAAGGGAUAAUCGCCUUUCCUCGUUUUUUUUCUACGAUUAUCAUUUCGCCUUUCGGUGAUGUCAUUUCUUAUUCCAUUUAGCCUUGAAAGCCUCGAAGAACUAGCUCGCUAGGCUAGCUGCCGUGCUAGCCUGCUAGCGGUGGGUCUGCAAGAAUUUUUGCACAGAAGCACUUUAUGUCCCAUUUGAUUCCCGAGACAGGAGAAUCAGGAAAGGGAGCAGUAGUUCAUGGAAGACAAGAAAAAGAAGAAAGAAGAUAAAAAGAAAAGGGAAACUUCUCAGAAGGUGCCAGAAACGAAAGUCAAAGUGCCAGAAUCAGCCAAGCCCUCCGGUUCCCUGCCGCUCGCCACCCCAGGCUCAGUGUCCCCCAGCCCUGGCCCUGCCGCCCCCCCAUCCCCCAGUCCUGCUGCAGCCGGGGUUUCUGCACAAGUUCCUCCUGGUGGCGGGAACAAUGCAAAGCAGCGGACUGCUGUGGCCAACGGACAGCCCUCCUCCUCCCCCUCUGCAAGCCAGACCUCCCAGCAGCAGCGCUACAUGUCCAGAGAGGUUCCACCGAGAUUUCGCUGCCAGCAGGAUCAGAAAGUGCUACUGAAGAGGGGCCAGCCGCCGCUGUCCUCCAUGCUGCUGGGAGGAGGCGGAGGGGAAGGGGGCGCUGGAGGGGGUAGUGGCUGGGAAGCCGCCCCGUCUCUUUCCUCACAGGGAGCGGAUGACCCCAAUGCAAACACAGCUGGAGGCGCAGAUUCCAACCUUGGUUCAUCCUCUGCUUCACCGCCCAACUCCUCCUCAUCGUCAUUAUGUGUUGCUGCUCUGUCGUCAUCGUCUUCUACUACUACUUCAACUUAUGCAAAUUCCACAUGGGGGGCAGGCUCUGGCAGCCAGUCCUUUUCUCAGGGCGGCGGAAAGGUGAUUGUUGAUGGGACAGACCUGGGGGAUUGGCCUAGCAUCCUAGGAGGGGCCGACUUGAGUUCUGACCGAGCUGGAGGAGGGAUGCAGGAGCAAGACGGCCCUGGCAACAACAACAACAACUACAGUAGUGCCUCAUGGAGUGAGAGAAACAUCCAGCAGAAGGGAGGAGCAGCAGUAGGAGGCAGAGCAGGGAACACGGACAAUCCUUCCUCACCUCGUUCUUCUCCUCUUUCCUCUUCCUCGCUUAAUGAAUGUGUUCAGUCGAGUGGUGGUGUGUGGGGCUCUUCCACCCCCUCUCAGGUGGAGGGGGGGCUGGGAUCAGCAGCAUUUUACAAUUCCAAAGUCUCCCGUCUUCUUCCUGGACCUCAGGAGAGCCCUGUGGUUGGCAGCAGCAGCAGCAGCAGCAGCAUUGUUCCUGGUGCCAAUUUCAACCCCAACGUGAACCCCUCUGCCUGGCCUGCCCUGGUGCAGGCUGGGACACCAUCUUCGGCUAGCGACGGCCUUCCACUACACUCGUCCAUUACUUCAGCUUCCUCGUUCUCUGCCAGCACUACUCUCGUCACCACUCACCCGCUUUCAUCUGUGAAUCAAACUGGUCUCCAUCAGCAGCACACUGGCAUGGCUGUGGGAGCACAAAGUGGAGAACAGCAGCAGCACUUAGGAAACCUAGGACCAGAGUUGGGUUCAGCCGGGGGAGCAAGAGGAGCAGGACCAAAUCAAGAAGGCGGCGAGGAGGUGGUCUGCGGGCUUGCAAGUGUUGAUGGAGAAGGAGGUGGCAGUCUUUCUGGCUCUUCAUCGUCCUCCUCUGCUGCCUCUUCUUCUUGGAGGUCCAUGCCUUCAGUGUCCUCUGACCUGUGUGUGAGUGCAACACAGGCGGAUGGGUGGGGUGGAGGAGGGACUGGAGCUCAGGGGCAGGAGGGUAGUGUGUGGGGCUUUGGAGGCCAGGGUGACAAGGCUGGUUGGGGCAGGGGAAAUGAUGGUAGCUCAAAUACCCCAGUGGUAUCUCAGGGAGCGUGGGAAGGAGGCAGUUCAGAAGUGGAGUGGGGCGGCACAGCGGGAGGUGCAAGUUUGAGUAACUUAGCAAUAGGAAGCGGUAGAGGAGGAGAUGGGAGCAGCAGCAACAGCAGCAGUAGUGGAGGUAUUGGUGGCAGCGUUUUGCAGGACUCUGCCUCACCAAAGUUUGACACUAUGACAAAAGCUUGGGACAAUCAGAAAGGGAUGGAAAGUGUGGACAGAACAGGUGGGGAGUGGGGAGGAGGAGAAGGGCAGGAUGGAGGUCCUCCAUCGUCCUCUAGUGGAGGAGGGUCCAAAGAUGGAAGUGGUGGAGGAGGGAGUGAUAAUGGACAUAAGCAGGAGAAAGCGUCAACUGUAACCACAAGCUCUGAGCAGACCUCCAAUGCUGAGGUGGCCUUACUCGGCAUGCUCAAUCGAUCUGACCUGGACCCCAGGGUUCUCUCCAACACCGGCUGGGGGCAGACCCAGAUUCGACAGAAUGUGGCAUGGGACCUGGCUACCAAAGCGGGAGUAAGAAACCGAAACGAACGAAGCGCUUCAUCUUCCUCCGCGUUCUCCUCAGCGACCAUGAACCCCACCACCAGUCGAGGCCCCGGCUACCCGUCGAACACCACUUCAGUGACGAGUGAGCCAGCGGUCGGCAGCCACGCGACCAGCGUGAACCCGGCCGCUGUCGCACCGAGGGAUGGCUGGGAUGGUGGUACUGCCACACAGUCCACCGGUGGUCCUCACGGUCUCGGUAGCACUGUAAGGAAGCCUGGGAAGACGGAAGAAGAUAUGGAGGGCCACCAGGGCAAGGCUGGUGGAGGGUGGGGCGAUCCCCCACCCGAAAACCAGGGCAAAGGAUGGGCGACUGAAGAAAAAAAAUGGGGUGAUCACAGGGGAGGAGGGGGAGGGAACUGGAGAGACUUUGGAGAACAGGGUGGUGGGUGGGCAGAUGGUCCGGAGGAUAAAGGGACAGGGGGAUGGAAGGGGACUGGAAGAGGAGAGGCUGGUGGUUGGGGAGGAGACAGGGGGCAGAGGGACUCUGUACCUGGAGAUGGGCGGAGCAGAGGGGGAAGCAACUCUGAUGAGAAGGGCUCCUCCUGGGGUCAUUUGGAUGAAGGGGGAGCUCAGCGAGGAGGUUGGGGAGGGGGAGAUGUGGGUGGAGGCAAACCCCACCAGGACUGGGGGAGUUCAAAGCCCCACACAGCUGCAGCAGCACCGAUACCAAACAGCCAAGUGGCACCAAUGAAAGCCCAAAAUCAACAGCAGCACCAAUCACAGGGCCAACAGCCACAGGGGGGGCCCAUUCAAGGAGGGUGGAACAGCCGGUCUAAUGUGGGAGGUGGAGGUCCACCAUCCAAGAAUCCGAACCAAAGCCCAGGCUGGAGCUCCGGCCCGAUCCCCCAAAUCUCCGGGGGCGGGAGCGACUCCCUGGAGCCCAGCGGCUGGGAAGAACCCUCCCCUCAGUCCAUCAGUCGCAAAAUGGAAAUCGACGAUGGCACGUCAGCCUGGGGCGACCCAACCCGCUUCAAAAGCAAGAAUGUGAAUUUGUGGGACAAAAAAAGUGCUUCGCCCGGCCAAAGCCACGGUCAACAGGCUCCAACACCACAACAACAACCGCCUUCCAACCAACAGCCACCUAGACGGCAGCAGGGGAUGCAACACGGCAGGGAACCGAACCCUGGCAGUGCUGCAGUUGGCAUGUGGGGAGGAGGCGCCCAGUCUGUGGAUAACGGUACGGCUACUUGGGGCCAGUCGUCCGAUGCAGCAGCAAGUUGGGGAGAUCCAGAUGAGCCCAGCAAGGCUUCUGGCUGGGGGAACCCUUCGCCCAACUCUGGGAAACCUGGCACCAAAUCAAUGGAGAGUUGGGGGGCGAAGGGAGAGAGCUGCGUUGCCGCCUCUCGUCACCCGAGCUGGGACGAGGAAGAUGAUGGCGGCGGCGGAGGAGGAGUCUGGAACAGCUCUGUCUCGCAUGGGAACAGCGCUUCCUUCAGCUCCGGAGGCUGGGGUCAGACCCAUGGAGGAAAGCGAGGAAACAUCAAGAGUGGAGGAGGGGACAGCUGGAUGAACCCAGUAUCACGCCAGUUUUCCAACAUGGGUCUUUUGGGGGAUGACCCAAGUCUUGACAAAAAGAUGGAAGGAGACAAGCGGGGAAUGACUGACUAUAACGGAGAGAUGCGGAGGGGAGGAAGAGGUGGAGGAGGUUACCGCAUGCCUACUUCCAAAGACAUGGGUCCUGUUGAAAUGGGGCCCUACGGUGAAAAAAUGGGUGGCCAUGGGGUGUUUGUUGGCAGUGGCGGAGGAAUGCCUCAGCCUCGAGGGAUGCACCAGCCGGGAAUACAUCCCAUGAAUCCCUCCCAGGCUUUACGUGCUCAAGUGCCUCAUCAGUUCCUGUCUGCUCAGGUGCCGGGUCCGAUGCUGAAGCAGAUGCCCUCUCCUGGUGGCAGUGUGGGUGGAGUGGUCGGAGGUGCCGUUGGUGGUGUCAGUGGUGUUGGGAGUGUCGGAGGAGUUGGUGGAGGAGUCUUCCCUCCUAACCAGAUUUCCCCGCAGCAACUCGCAAUGCUCAGCAACAUUUACCCCCACAUGCAGCAGUUCCAUCUGGCUUGUCAGCUUUUGCUUCAACAGCAGCAGCAGCAGCAGCAGCUCCUGCAGAGCCAGAGGAAGUUCCCCCAGCCUCAGCCUCUGAGGCAGCAGCCAGACCCGCAGCAGCUGGCAAGGAUAAUGGCAAUUCUGCAGCAGCAGAGGCAGCAGGGCGGAGUUGGAGGAGCAGCAGCAGGAGUGAGCUCAAAGCUUUCCCCAUCUCACCUGGGAGGAGGCCUAUCCAAACAGCCCAUGGUGGACCCCCUCACACAUCCUGGAAUGGGGGGGCCCUUGUCAGACAUUCAUGGAAAAACGCAAGGGAUGUACUCUGGGCUUGGUGGUAGCCUGGCAGGACUGGAGCUCAAUCCCAUGAUGGGAGGGAUGAAGGACACCGGAGGACAGCAAUCCCGCUUCAAAUGGAUGAUGGAGGGACACUCCUCGGCUCCUUCGCCGCCUGACACGUCCCUCCACAAGAACGGCCCCUUACCCAGUGUUAUAAAAGGGAGGGGAGGAUCACCUUAUUCCCAGUAUGAAAUGCUGGGCGGUGACGGUUUGGGGAUUCCCCCUCACGGUUCCACAGACAACUGGCACCGGACCCCUGGGAGUAAAAUGGGGAACAAACCUGCCACGUCCAGCUGGCCUCCAGAGUUCCAGCCCGGCGUUCCCUGGAAGGGAAUCCAGAGCAGUGGCGACCCAGAGUCCGACCCUUACAUGACCCCUGGUAGUGUUCUCGGCUCCCCGGGACCCCAGAGCCUCAAUGACUCUGACCACCAGUUACUGCGAGACAACAUAGGGCCAAACCCCUCCCUCAACACCUCGCUGCCUUCACCUGGUGCCUGGCCCUACAGUGCCUCAGACAGCCCCCUCAGCAAUGCACACAGCACAGGAAAGUACUCUGAGUACAAACCCAGUUGGCCCCCAGAGCCCAUCGGACAAAACAAGUUAUGGAAGACCAAUCGCAACAGCUCACAGCUGCCACGCCCCCCUCCCGGCUUAACUAAUCAGAAGCAGGCCUCGCCCUCCCCAUGGGGGAGUGGAGGCCCACGAUUGGCCCGUAGCUGGGGAGGGGGUGGGAUGAAUCAGGACUCAAGAUUUGGGCCAGGCUCAGCUUGGAGCGAUGGCGCUGCCUCCCGAGGCAGCUGCUGGUUGCUGCUGAGCAACCUGACACCUCAAAUCGAUGGCUCCACGCUGAGGACUAUUUGCAUGCAGCACGGCCCCCUGCUGACCUUUCACCUCGGCCUGACGCACGGCAGCGCUCUGAUCCGCUACAGCAGUCGACAGGAAGCAGCCAAGGCCCAGGGUGCACUGCACAUGUGCGUUCUGGGCAACACCACCAUCCUGGCGGAGUUUGUGAGCGAGGAAGAAGUUGCUCGCUAUUUUGCACAUUCCCAGGCCGGAGGGGCAGAGGGCGCCAGCUCAGGAGGGUCAUCAGCCGGUGGGACGCAGGGUUCUUCCGGGACGGGCGCGGCUGUGGCCAGCAGUGGAGGCAGCUCCCCUGGGAAUGAGCGGGCAGCGGCGGGCACCACUUCAGGUGGAAACGGGGGCGGAGGAGGGGAAAGUGGAGCAGCGGCCCUGGGCGGCGCCAGGUCCUCCGGCUCUGCCUGGCAGAGUCUCGACGGUACAGGCAGUUCUUCAGAAACCUCUUCAGCCCAAGGACCCGGCAUAGGGAUAUUUUCCCAGUGGAGCACCAACGGGGCAGGGGAGGGCGGCGGUGUUGGGGGAGUAGACUCUGCGAGGUCUGGGCUGUGGGGGGGCAUGACUGCAGGAUACCCCGGCAGCAGCCUGUGGGGAGCACCACAAAUGGAGGAAAGGCACCAAAUGGACAGCCCUGCCGCAUUGUUGCCUGGCGACCUGCUGGGGGGAGGAGCUGACUCCAUCUGAUGAGCUCCUCCAUUUGUACGUGCAGGUUUGGACACACUGAUACAGAAUACACUGGGAUGAAUAUGUACUUAAUAUAGCACACACAAACAUUUACACGGUAUGCAUAUUAAUGUAAUAUACACAUGUGCAUACAUAUACAUGGUAUGCAUAUUAAUGUGCACACACAUCAAGCAGAAAUGUGAGACAUGCUUACACACAUUCUCGUGGCCAGACUUAAGCUAUUAUAUAAACAAAUGCAGGGACUAUUAGAUGUGUAUACAGCCUUUUUCCACAGAUGAAGAUUUCAACUGUUUAGACUUGAAACCUGAAAAAGAAUGAAAAGUCAUUUGGUCUCAAAGACUUGACUGGAUUGCAAUGUGCAUAGUAAAUAGGGGACUUUUCAAUAGAUUUACAUACACAUGCACACACCAAAUACAGACAAGCCUUCAGACAGAUGGGCACUGUAAACAGCAUUACCUUCAUCGUAUAAGAGAACUUAAAACUACUACAUGAUGUGAGGUUAAAGUGCAGUUUGUAUUCACGUCUCCUUAAAAUAAACGGAGACCGAAUCCAAAUACAUGCAAACAGCUCUGAUUGAAAACAGAACUGUAUCUUAUUGUGUUAAGUUUUUUUUUUUCGUUUUUUUUUGUGUGUAUGGUUUUAAUUUUUUGAACAGUGAAAAUAUUGAAAAAUGUCAUUGUUCUCUUUUCAAAAUGCUGACCUCCUACUGUUGUAUCUCACGCACUCUUUCUCUGUUAUUCUCUCUUGAACAUGUUUGUUACUGUUGCAGUGAUAAAUGUUAAAUUGCUGGCAGUUUGAGGCUACGUUGCAUUUCUCCAUGUGUUGACACUGCAGUGUCGUACACACUAUAUGGACAUUAGUAUGAGUGAGAUUAAGACCAAGUAAGUGGAUUAAACCACCACAGUUUUUGUGCGCGUGUAUGUGCGUGUGAAUGUAAGGAUAAUGUGUGUGUGUACGCAUGUUACUGCCUGUCAUAAUGUGGGCACGGCUGCUUACUCUACAGAAGGUCUAUUCAAAAAUGUUUUGAGUACAUUCGGUAUACUGCUGACUGUGUUAAGAAAUAUUGGCACUAAUGCUUUUUUUUUUCUCAUUUGAAGUUGUGUGUUCUUUUGUUUUGUUCGUUUUUUUUAGCAUAACUGUCUUUUUAUUGUCCGACCUGCAAUAAUAAAAAAGAACAUUUAAUGACACAAAGAGCUGAAGGCAUAUGCGUUGAGUAAAUGGACAUGCCAAAUCUUAUCAAACUGUGUAGUGGGAGGGAGGGGGGGUGGGUUGUUUACAGAUGCAGAGUAAGUUACCGUACGUUUUUAAUGUUCUGUUGUGUAUUCGUUUUAAAUUAAGACAGGCUUUAACACUCCUGUUCAGUGUUUUCGUUAUGAGAUUUUACAAAGGAAAAUUUAUUUAAACAAAUGAGAACAAGAUUAAUAAAGAUGAAAGUAUUGGCUUCUAAA